AUGUUCUGGCGCUUUGGCGGCUAUGCCCAGGUCUCGAGCAUCGACACGAUCCUAGAGAAAGAUGGCGUGCAGCUGGAGGAACUGCUGGACGAGAGCGACCUUAUUCAGGAGCUGAAGCAGCAGAACAGCAAGCUGAUCGAGUUUCUGCGCGAUGAACCCAUAUUGAGGAAGCUACUUACAUACGUGACUGCCGACUCCAAGCCUGAAUCUGCAGCAGAGGUUGGCGCGAAGAAAGAAGACGAGAAGGACACUUCGAAAGACGACGAGAAAACUACCAGCGGCAUCUCUUUCUUUGGGAAGGGCAAGGGCCGCUCACGGUCCACUUCUAUCAAGAAAGAUGGCGAAGGAGAGACUGAGCAAGAAAAGAAAGAGGCGCAGCGGAAGAAGUACGCAUAUGUUGCGUGCGAGGUGCUGAGCUCCGAGGUGUGGUCGAUAACAGAAGCGCUUCUUGAUCAGCGAGAGGCCUUGCGCGAGUUCUGGCAGUAUAUGCACCAGCCCGCACCUCUGGAUCCUCUGAUCGCCGGCUACUUCACCAAGGUGAACGAGGCACUUCUGGAUAAGAAGACGGAAGAAAUGCUCGCCUUCUUCAAAUCGCUUGGCGGAAUCGUGCCCGCCAUGCUCCAACAUGUCGACUGCCCCAUGGUUAUGGACCUGCUGCUAAAGAUCAUCAGUCUGGAGAAGCACGAAGGCGGACAGGGUAUCGUGGACUGGUUACAAUCGCAGAACUUGAUUCCACUGCUGCUGGCCUACCUGUCGCCGGAACAUAGCUCAGCAACUCAAACAUCGGCUGGUGAUUUCCUCAAGGCCAUCAUCACUAUCAGCGCGAAUGCUACUACCCAAGAUCAGUCGGUCAUCGGUCCAAAUGAGCUCACACGACAACUUGUCUCUGAACCAUGCAUCAAACAACUUAUCUCGGAUAUGCUCAAGGGCGGCAACCCCCUGACUGUCGGUGUCGGAAUCGUCAUAGAAGUCAUCCGGAAGAACAACUCCGACUACGACCUAGAUAACCAAGUCGGGCCAGAGCCAAAAACAUCAGAUCCGAUUUAUCUGGGCACCCUUUUGCGACAGUUCGCAGACAAUGUGCCCAACUUUAUGCGUCUCAUACGUUCGUCAUCCGCCAAGAAACCAGAUCUCAAAGCUGCAUUUGGCGGAAAGAUUGAGCCACUCGGCUUUGAUCGCUUCAAGACGUGCGAGUUGAUGGCUGAGUUGCUGCAUUGUAGCAACAUGGGUCUGCUGAAUGAGCGUGGCGCGGAGGAAGAAGUGACCAAGCGGGAUGCUGAGCGCGAGCGUCUGAAAGCGGAAGGCAAGCUUGCAACUCCCAAGGCUCCUACAAGUCCGAGUCAUGAGAACUCUCAUGAUGAGUUCGGAAGCUCCGUUGACUCGCAUGGCUUCCAUCACGCAGAACGGCCUAGCGACGACGAAAUGGACGAGAAGCCCGUAGAGAUUCGGAAGCUAGAGGUGCAAAACGCUUCAGAUGAAGAUGGGUUCGAGAAAGUCAAUGCACCGGGAGAUGAGAUGCCUGAGGAAGUCACUUUUGACGAUUUGACCGAGAAAAUCGACAGCACCACGCACGGCGGUCUGCCACUGCUUGAGAAGGUCGAAAAGCGAGAUCCAUCCGAUCCACAAAACCAAUCACCAGUCAGCCCGAGCGCGAUGCCACAGCCUUUGUCGCCGAAGAAGAACAACCUCAACUUCGAUCCACCGCCGACACAAGCGGCAGAUUCGCCAACUACAGCUGGUGUGACAGACAAGAUCAACAGUCUAGAUGUUGACGAAGACACCGUCAUGUCCGAAUUCGGCGAGGAGCCAAUAGAAGAGGGUAAGCAUACUUCGUUACUUACGCAGCAAUUAGCGGCAGAAGCAAAGCAUUCACUGAGCGUCAACACAGACGAAGGGCCAUCUGAGCUGGAAAGAGCGCUAGCACGGCCAGAAGACAAACCUGCGCCACUCAACUUCUCUAAGAAAGAACCAGCACCGUCGCAAGACACUACGCAGGCUCCAUCUCAGCACGAGAGCGAGUCGUCGCAAGACCUUGGUCAAAGCACGGCGACAUUACAAGCACAAGAAGCGAGCUCGCUGCCCAACGGCGAGCGUCCGCCGUACGACACUGAAGCAGACGGAACUCCCGUCGUUGGCGAUCUUCUCAAGAUCCAAUUCGUUGAGCACCAGGUCGUGCCUACCAUUCUUGACUUCUUUUUCCGAUUCCCAUGGAAUAAUUUUUUGCAUAAUGUGGUUUACGAUGUUGUACAACAAGUUUUUAACGGCACGCUGGAUCGAGGCUACAAUCGCACGUUGGCAUUCGAUCUCUUCCACCCAAUCGAGCGAAAGGAUGGCCAGACAGUAGAGGAGAUCGGUCUUGGCUCAGGCAAGGAUAUCACUGACCGAAUACUGGACGGGCAAGCAGCAUCGGACGAGUCACAGAAAAAUAAAGGCAUGCGGCUGGGGUACAUGGGCCACUUAACACUAAUCGCAGAGGAGGUCUGCAAGUUUGGCAGCCGACAUCCUCCCGAGUCUCUCGAUCACAGCGUGACAGAACGGGUCAGCAGAGAAGAGUGGAUGCGAUACGUGGAAGGCACGCUCGCAGAGACGAGAGAUAAGGACAAUGCAGUUCUCGGCGGCGUGCGACCAGAGAACGCGAUCGGUGUUCGAGCGAUGGGAGGCAUGGGUGGUGGCGGUGGCCUAUCUGGAGGUUUCACGUCGAACACUAACAGCACACUCGCCAAUGCAGGACUUGGUAGUGGAAGCACACCGGCCGAUACGUUGGCAAUGCAAGACGGCACAGUCGGGCAGAGCUUCGAGAUCAACUCCGGAACAAUGCUGUCUGGAUUUGGUGAUGACGACGAGGAUGAAGAGAUGGAUGAACGGAGAGCAGCAUUCGCGGAAGACGAACAGGUCGGUGAACUCUCGUUUGAUGUUGACAUGGAUUAUCGAUAACCCCCUUCACGCAUCGCAUCGCAUCGCAUCGCAUCGCAUCGCAUCGCAUCGCAUCGCAUCGCAUCGCAUCGCAUCGCACCGCAUCGCAUUGCACCGCAUCACCCCCUGCACUGUCUUGCAUUCCUUGGGCAUUAGGCACAGCACGCACCUACACUUCUACACUCCUACACUUGUACAAAAGGAGGAUGGGGCAUAGCGACUUCUAUUACACGAGAUACGACAAGAAAGCGAACGCAUCGACUUGCUGCUGUACAAC